ACGGUGAACAUGAUCAACAAGAGAAGUUGAAGUUGAUUUAUAAAAUAAAAAAUAAAAGCAAAAGAGAACCCAUCAAAGUCGUCAACAAAACUAGUGCUCUUCUUUACUUGCCUCUUGUCACCGAUGAUCGCCAAGAUUUGUUUCUCUCAGAACACUAUGCCUUGAUUCUGUGGGAAUCCGCAAUUCCUCAAGUGAACCUGCAUGUUUGCAUUUACAAAAUGUGAUUCUUGCUUAAUGAAAGCAUACUCUUUCAUAGUUUCUUAAAUAAAUUGCACAUCUAAGAUUGUUGGCUGAUUGGUUGGGUAUAUAUUGAGUGAACAAAUGGAUUCCAUAAAAUGUUGGGUAAAGCUAUUGAGGUCGAAGGAUAAGGUGAAGCCUUCAAAGGAAAAGGAGUCAACUAGUAAAACAAAGGAAUUAUCAAAAGCACAAACAAGUGAAGAAGUGCCAUCUAAUGUAACCAAGCAGAAAGUUGCUGCUGCGAAACAGUAUAUUGAAAACCAUUACAAGAAGCAGAUGAAGAGCCUGCAGGAGAGGAAGGAGCGACGUGAUAUAUUAGAAAAGAAGCUGGCCGAUGCUGAGGUCUCUGAGGAAGAGCAGAACAACUUAUUGAAGUAUUUGGAGAAGAAGGAAACAGAAUACAUGCGCCUUCAGAGGCAUAAGAUGGGUGCUGAUGAUUUUGAGCCGUUGACAAUGAUCGGGAAAGGUGCAUUUGGAGAGGUUAGAGUCUGCAGGGAAAAGGCAACUGGUCACGUUUACGCUAUGAAGAAACUUAAGAAAUCAGAAAUGCUUCGUAGAGGACAGGUCGAACAUGUGAAAGCUGAGAGGAAUCUACUUGCAGAAGUUGAUAGCAAUUGCAUUGUCAAACUGUAUUGUUCAUUUCAAGAUGAUGAAUACUUAUAUCUAAUCAUGGAAUAUCUGCCUGGAGGAGAUAUGAUGACUUUACUAAUGCGCAAAGAUACACUAACAGAAGAUGAGGCUAGGUUUUAUGUUGGGGAAACCGUCCUUGCUAUAGAGUCUAUCCAUAAACAUAACUACAUUCAUAGAGAUAUCAAGCCAGAUAACUUGCUGCUUGACCGAGAUGGUCACAUGAAACUAUCAGAUUUUGGAUUAUGUAAACCGUUAGACUGCAGUAAUCUUCAGGAAAAGGAUUUUUCCAUGGGAAACAAUCUCAGCGGAGCUCUUCAGAGUGAUGGACGUCCAGUAGCUCCAAGACGCACGCAACAAGAGCAACUGCUGCAUUGGCAGAGGAACAGGAGGAUGCUUGCUUAUUCAACUGUUGGAACACCAGACUAUAUUGCUCCUGAGGUUUUAUUGAAGAAAGGAUAUGGAAUGGAAUGUGACUGGUGGUCUCUUGGUGCUAUCAUGUAUGAAAUGCUUGUGGGAUAUCCACCCUUUUAUUCUGAUGAGCCAAUGUCAACUUGCAGGAAGAUAGUAAAUUGGAGAACUCAUUUAAAAUUUCCAGAAGAGGCAAAACUGUCUCCAGAAGCAAAAGAUCUUAUUAGUAAACUCUUGUGUAAUGUUGACCAGAGACUUGGUACAAAGGGCGCAGAUGAAAUUAAGGCUCACCCAUGGUUUAAAGGUAUAGAGUGGGACAAACUCUAUCAAAUGAAAGCUGCAUUUAUUCCCGAAGUCAAUGAUGAGCUGGAUACUCAAAACUUUGAGAAGUUUGAAGAGGCUGACAACCAAAUUCAAUCUUCAACAAGAUCGGGCCCUUGGAGAAAGAUGCUCCCAUCCAAGGAUAUAAAUUUUGUGGGUUACACAUAUAAGAACUUUGAAAUUGUAAAUGAUCAUCAAUUACCUGGAAUUGCUGAAUUGAAGAAGAAGAAUAACAAACCUAAGAGGCCCUCCAUCAAGUCCCUUUUUGAGGAUGAGUCGGCUACAGUAAAUCAGCCUGUUCAUGGGAGCUUUUUAAACCUUUUGCCUCCACAAAUAGAAGCUCCAGAGAAUAAGGGUAAAUCUCAGUGAGCUUCACUGUCAUGUUCCUAACAUAAGAUGGCCUCAAGAAAAAGUAGGAUUAUGUUGUCUCUGGUGAGUAGCUUUUGUUUUGCCGCUCCCUGCAUUUCAUGUUGACGAGUGGGUUUGAUUUGAGAUACUAAUUGGGCUUUUGGGUAAGAAAGAUAGAAUCGUGAUCUUUGUAAAAUAGUGAAUAUUCUUUCAUAUUUGUUAUGUAUUUUUUUAUUUUUUUUAUUCUGAGUCUGUCAAGCUGCAUGAAAUCUAUGUACCAUUGGUGUAUAGGCGUACAAUUUCAUUCAUGUAUUAAGAAAUGAAAAAGAGUUAAAUCUUUCUCA